GUUUGUGUUUUGGUUUUGGCUUUUUUCUACAUUCGCAAUUUUAUUUUUAUUCUAAAAAAAUUACUAGUUAAUAAAAAAGAGUUCGGAAUUCUGUGAGCUAAAAAUGUCAGUGACGUCCGAAGAAUACAUUCGCAGCAUCCUAGACGUGAUCGCUUCAAUUUGUAACCUGGAAAGCUAUGAAUACUCCCGAGAAAGUUUUAAAACUAUUGCGCAGAAUUACUUCGGUGUACUUGUUCCAGUUAGUUUAACAGCCAAAAAUGAUGGGAAGAUGGUGAACAUAAACUUGGUACUUAAAUUGGCGCCGACCGACGAAAGAUACCGGGUCAGCGGUGCAGUAGGUGUCAUGUUUUCGCGCGAAAUUUAUGUGUAUUCAACGUUGCUGGCAAAAUACCAUAGAAUUCAGGAAAGUUUUCCUUUAAAGGACCAUUAUUUGAUGCCUACGUGCUAUUACAUCUGUAAGGAAUAUUGCAAAGAAGCUAUAGCUAUGGAGAACAUGUGUUCGCGAGGUUUUACUCCUUACACACAAAGUCCCUUCUUGGAUUAUGCUCAUAUCGCCGUCUCACUUAAAUCCUUGGCCAAGUUUCAUGCAUUGUCAUUUAUAUUAAAGGAAAAUGAACCAGAAACAUUCAAAGAAGUUGAGAUAGUCUGUGUGCCAUUCACUCAAGAAACAAAUAAGAGAUUUAUGGAAAUAAUUUUAGAUAGAUUACAAAAAGCAAUUGAAAAAUUUAAUGGCACUGGAUACGUAGAAGUCUUGAAUGAACUGAGGUCUAAUUGUGGCAUGUAUGUGGAAGCUGCUGCUUCCUCCAUACAAAAACCGUGUAUUUGUCAUGGUGAUAUUUGGAAAGAGAAUAUUCUUUUUAAAUAUGAGGGUCAGAAGCCUACAAAUGCAUGUCUUAUUGACUAUCAAACGGUGAGAAUAAGCAGUGCGGCAUAUGACACAUUAUUCCUAAUCACCACCAGUACCAAUUCUCAUUUGCGCAAGAAACAUUACUACGAACUUUUAGAUUUAUAUUACAAUACAUUUGAUCAAAUUCUCAGAGAUGCCAAUCUGGUUCCCCAACAAGUGUAUUCUAGGCAAAUGUUUGACCAAGAUUUGAAGACUGUUGGUCCAGCCUGUUUUAUUAUUGCGAACACCGCUCUGUGGUUGUCAAAUGGUCUUCAAGAAGUGGGACAUGUCCGUAGCAAACAAGUUUUUGAAUCUCACGAAGAAAAAGAAGAGGCUGUGAAUAGGUAUAGGAGUAUAAUUCAAAGUAUCAUCGAAGAUUAUAGAAGUUAUGGAUACUUAUCUUUAUAAAAUUGUGCCAUGUUGGAUAAAAUUUAAUUUGUUAUACUAACAAUAUUACAGGCUUAAAAAAUUUUAUUGAAUUUAUUAU